CUCAAAUAUCACCAAUUUCUUACUCUUAACCAAGACGUGAUCGGAAAACCAGUGUAAGGUGUGAUUUUCUGUUUUUCAGUGGAUUAUUUUUCCUCCUUUUACCUUUUUAAAGGCUCAACAAUGUCUGACGACGAUUACAGACCCCCACCCAUGGCCUCCAAGCCAGAAGCAAAGCCAAAAUGCAAGAUUUCAGCCUCUCGCAAGCUGUCAUUGAAGAUCCUUCUGCUGGCUCGUGCAACAGAGGAGCUGGAAGCAGAGAAGGUUGCACGAGAGGAAGAGAAGGUUCGCUACCUGGGAGAAAAGCUUCCACCACUGCAACUCACUGGCUUAGACAUGGGGGAACUGCAGCAAGUCUGUAAGGAGUUACAUUCACAGAUUGAUGUGGUGGAUGAGGAGCGCUACGACUUUGAGGCUAAAGUCAUCAAAAACUACAGGGAUAUCAAUGAACUGAACCUGAAAGUACAGGACCUCGGAGGAAAGUUCAAGAAGCCAGCUUUGAGGAAGGUGAGAGUGUCGGCAGACGAGAUGAUGAGAGCUCUCUUUGGCUCCAAAAACAAGGAGUCUGUGGACCUGAGAGCGAACCUGAAGUCUGUAAAGAAAGAGGACAUCAAACAAGAGAAGGAGCUGAACAUGGAGGUUGGAGACUGGCGUAAGAACGUGGAGGCCAUGUCUGACAUGAAGGGCAGGAAGAAGAUGUUUGAUGCAUGA